GUUGGUCAACGUGCGUUACUGUUUCUCUUUCCGCCCUGACUGUCAGUGACAGCUAAAUAGCAGCAGACUUACAUAUAAUACACAGACGAAGCAGCAAACCAGAUAAAAUGAAGGACAACAGUUUCCCCCGAAUUUUCGUAAUCAUCAUAUGUGCUGCGGUUUUUAUUGCCGUUUUAGUUGUCAACGCUUUGGCUGGAGCGGGCAAAGGACCUUUUCAUUCUACUACUGGUAAUGUGUCAGCCCGCUAUGAGACAGACAUCACUCCAGCUGGCUGGACCUUCUCUAUCUGGGGUGUUAUCUACAGCUGGCUCACCUUGAAGGUCAUAUAUAUCAGCUCCUAUGUAAUCAGAGGAUCCUGGGCUCAAUGUCUGCUGCCCUAUGCCUUCUAUUUUUGCUGGCUGUCCAAUAUGGUGAUGAACAUCACAUGGUUGCUGCUCUGGGACAGAGAGUUGAUGCUGGCGGCUCUGGUUGUUUUAAUCCUGAUAGCAAUUUCCAACUAUAGCGCUUUGUUCUUCUGUUGCUUUGCCACAGAUUACUAUGGACUCUGGCUACAGACAUACCAUCGCAAAGACCUGGCCUGUCUGAAAAUACUGGUCCAGAAUGGUUUGGCUCUCUACACAACAUGGACAUCAAUUGCCUCUCUGAUCAACUUCUCACUGGUUCUCCACCUGUGGGGUGUGGAUAGGAGCACGGCAGCAACCGCUUCUCUGUGCAUCCUGUUAGCAGAGGUGGUGGGAUGGUUUAUCCUUGAGAACUGGGUGCUGGACCGUUGGGUGCGCAACAUCCUGACAGUCUACCCUGUGGUGAUCGUGGCACUAGUCGGAAACAUCUUUAAACAUUUUAACCCAGCUGAUCCCACUCCUAAUUCUGUGUUCAUGGUUGUACUCUUGGUGUUAGCGUGUGUCCUGCUGGUUUCCCGAGUCUGUACAGUAAUCUGGAGGAACAAGUGGCAGUCUCUCCACUCCCCAGGCUCAGCACGACUGAUGAUAUCACCUCUCGAUGGCAGGAAAUUCAAUAUCUUUACUUAAACAGUAGGAACUUCAAAAAUGCCACCAGUCCCACUACAGGCCCUCAACUCUCAGCCCAGACACACACUAAUGUUAUAUAUUCACACAAGACACUGCAGUGUUAAUUGUGAAGACUGCCAGUUUUAAGAUGGAGUUAUACACUUGUUAAGGUGUUCAUGUAGUCAUGGAUCUGUAAUUUUAUCUUCUCUCUGCUCAAAGUGCUGUUAAGACCAUGAAACGGUGUUUUCACAUCUGAAACACCUUCUUUGAAAUACUAAUUACUAUGACUGUUUACCACUACUUACAUUAAUAUUUUUUAUAUGUAAAGUACUUUUUAUACAAACAUAGGCAUGUGACUUAAUUAUCAUGUCUUGUAUUGCUAUUUUAAAGUAGUUUUAUUGUUGCAUUUAUGGCUUUUUUAUUUUGUAUCUAUACAGUGGCAAUAGACUAUAGGCUUUUAUUAUGUUGGCUUUUUGACAAUAUAAUUUGACUAAGAAAACAGUCAUCUCUUCUAAAAGCGCUUACAGCUCUGGUGAAUUAAUUCUGAUUUGCUAAUUAAAACAUUCAGUUUCUUAUCUAAUGCAGUCUGGUUUCUAAAAAAAAUUGCCGAGAAAAAAAAAAAAACACUUAUUUGCAUGAUAUAUAUUGUCAGAGAGAUGUUUCCCUACCAUGAAAAAAUCAGUAACGUGUAAACCUUGUUUCCUUUGUAAAACUGGGAACAGACCUGGUGUCACAGAACUUUAUACAUUCUCGCCUCUGGUCGUUUAUUCCUCUCAUCCCAUUAUCUGGUUUUAUUAUGUCUCUUAUCCCGUGUUCAAUAAGUGCUCUUAAUUGUAAUACAGUUAGGUCAUCCAGUCAUCCAUAACGUCCAGUUUUUCAGGAACAUACAGAUCAACCACAGAAGUUGGCCUACCUGUGCAUUUGCCCCAAUACAGUCUGAUGGGCCUCAGCCUUAUAUGCAGCACUAAGUGUUGAUCUAACUGAAAGCAGUUAUUUAGACUGGUUUAAGUCAAAUUUUGCCAUGUAUUUCAACAUGUAACCUUCACUAAUGGAUUAACACCUUGCUUUAACUGUGACAUCUCUGACACAGAGGGUGAGAUUAAAGUUCUGAUAUUGUGUUGUAUAAAUUCAUAACUAUUGUUUGAACAAAUUGUUGCUCAAGACUUGAAACAACCAGAUAUUUCUUUCUUCUUGCUCUCCCAAUAUUCUUGGAUGCAGCUGAAGCCGGUGAGUCUUUCCCACACCAAUCCGGCUCUCAGUGAAACUCUGUCUUUUCAUAACCUAUCACCAUCUGUCUGGGUGACAAGAAAUUUGUUGAUUUAAUCUCAUAGCUGCUCUCACAGUUUUCCCGUGUAUUAGGCAGUAAAACAUCCACUUCAGUCUCUGUUGGUAAAAUCAAUUCCAUCCAUCCCUACAUUUUCUGCCACUUAUCCGAGGCCAGGUCGCGGUGGCAGCAGGCUAAGCGAGGCAGCCCAUACUUCCCUUCUCCCUAGCAAGGUUUCCAGCUCCUCAUGGGGGAUCUUGAGGUGUUCCUAGGCCAGAUGAGGUAUAUAAUCUCUCCAGCCAUGCAGUUUCCUACAGUUGGACAUGCCUAGAAGACCUACAAUGGAAGGCGCCCAAGAGGCAUCCUUAUUAGAGGCCCGAACCACCUCACCUGGCUCUUUUCGAUGCGAAGGAGCAGUGGCUCUACUCCGAGCUCCCUCUGGAUGUCGGAGCUCCUUACCCUAUCUCUAAGACUGAGCCCAGCCACCCAGUAGAAGAAUCUCACUUCAGCCACUUGUAUCCAUGAUCUCAUUCUUUCAUUCACUACAGUCACAGGUUGUUAAAGCCUUGUCUACAAUGUGAGGUGAAGAAUAUCUUACAAAGGGAAGACUUAAAAUACAAGGUACCAUCAUGAAUUCAUAGUUAUAAAUUAAAUUAAAUGCAUGUUUUCUUCAAAUCCUCUCAGUAUUUACAAACGUUUGGUCUGUUUGAGCUUAGACUCAUCUAUGAUCACUUCUUUAGCAGCAUCAGAGAAAGUCAUGUUAGCCUGAUGUGCAAGUAUAAUAGCCACAUUGUGAAGAAUUAUAGUUCAAUCAAAAUAGUUAUAUUGUUUUAAAAUAUUUUAUGAUCUUGACAUAAAGCGUGUACCUAUGGUCACAAAAUACUAUGCCAAUCCUCAGCUGUCUUUGCUAAGGACAAGUUGCCAACCAGACACUCAUUAGAGUUGCCACAACAAGGACAGAUGUAUUACAUUGAUGUUGACAGAUGCAACAGAAUCAAUGCACAAAAAAAGUACAAAACAUUAUUUAUACAUGUAUAAAUUAGACAAUUCACUUAAUAUGAUCUUCAAUUUAUUUAAAUUUAGCUUUGUGUAACCAUGCCCGGUGGCUGCUUUGACCACUAUAGACAAUUACAAGUGAAUGGUAAAAGCUAAAAUGUAGUGUAACAUUAGCACAAGUAGAAAAGAGUAAUGAUAUCAGUGAACUGACUCAGUGAUGUCAGUAACACAGCAGUGUACUAACAUUAGCUACUAUUAGCCACCAUAAGCUACUGGCCAUAUCAAACCAGGUAACGCUGUUGCAACCAAACUCCUGACGUAUGGAAUUGAGAAAGGGUCAAUUUUAUUGGUAAUGAAUUCAACUGUUUAUAAGCAUCAAUUGUGACCAAAAACCAAUAAAUUUUUGUCUCUGCUUUUA